AUGGGAGGUUAUGGAGAACCUGGACAAGGGACCCCACCAGCAGGGUUCCAAGCAGGAUACCAGCCAGUUCCAGAUCAGCCAAUCAUGUAUCAGCCUGGUCCAGUUAGUCCAGCAUCUCACCAGGGCCAACCAUAUGGAGCAAUCAUUGGCUUUGAGACCAACAACCAGUAUGAGAUCAAGAACAGCCUCGGUCAAAAGAUCUACUCUGCCAAAGAAAAAAAUGACUGCUGCACACGCAACUGCUGUGGUGCCCUGCGCAGCUUUGACAUGAAGAUCAAAGACAACACCGAUCGAGAGGUCAUACGACUCAUCCGACCUUACCGUUGUGUCUCCUGUUGGUGCCCCUGCUGCCUGCAAGAGAUGGAGGUACAGGCGCCCCCAGGAACGACUGUAGGAUACGUGAAGCAGGACUGGCACCCCUGUUAUCCAAAAUUCUCCAUCCAGGGGCCAAACAAGGAGACUGUGAUGAAGCUUGAGGGGCCCUGCUUGGCAUGUAACUGCUGUGGUGAUGUGAACUUUGAGCUCAAAGGCAAAGACGGUACUGGGAAGCCUAUCGGUCGAAUCAGUAAGCAGUGGAGCGGCCUGUUGAAGGAAGUCUUUACUGACACUGACAACUUUGGCAUCCAGUUCCCUAUGGACAUGGAUGUUAAGAUGAAGGCUGUACUUAUGGGCGUUUGCUUCCUUAUUGAUUUCGUGUUCUUUGAAAAAGUGGGAGAGACAAACCAGCGCAAUACUGUAUUCUCUUAGAGCUCUUGGUAACCAAAGCUAUAGACAGCUGGCACUGCAGUGAAACCAAGGGACACGUUCAAGGUCAUUUUGUAGGGUUCACGUGGCCAGCAAUAUUGACAAUGACAGGCGAGGUAUCAUGAGUAACUGUUCACUGGUGCCUUUUAAACAAUCAGAGCCUAUAAUUAUAAAUUACUGUUACAAUAGUAUAUCAACUAACAUUUAUAUCUUUUUGUUACUUUAAAUUUUUCUUUUUUAUUGGAAAUAAAAUGUAACAUGCAUCCCUACGCAUGUAUUUCCAGACUUAUUUCAUGCAUAAAUAUAUUUUUUCAGUCUUUCUGAAGGAAAUUCAGUUUUAUUGUGCUAAAUGCAAAGCAUUUUAGUUAAAACAUACGGAUGUUCCUACAGCCAAGUAAUGCAUGAUGAUGGGGGUUACAUGCAAGUUAAUGACUCUGGCAACAGCUGAAAAAAGGAAAAAACAAGCAAGUAGUUGCAUGGUUUUCUGUGUGUAUAGACCAGUGACUUACUAUGGGUAGAAUGCCAGUUGUUACUAAUAGCUUUUUUUGGUGUGUGUCUGAAGAAUGAGUGCACUACAGGGGGGCGCUUGUCAGUUUAUAAAAGCCAGCCUCUCCAUGAGUCCAUCUUAAUGCUUAGGAUGGUGUUAAAUAUUAAUUAUUUGCCAAUUAAACCCGUGAGUAGCAUGGAAAUUCAGGAAACAUAGUCCUAUGAAUAGUCUGUCAUUAUUUAACACAUGAAAACAUUUUAUUUGGUUGGUUAUAUAGAGACUGGCCUUGUAUCAAUAAGAGCGUAUACUGAAUGUAUAACAUUAUUAAAAUAUACAGACCGAGGGGUGUUGAAAUUUUUUUUGUUGUUGUUUAAUGUCUGUGUUUUGGUCACUAUGUAUUUCAAACUUUGAUAUAAAUGUCCUGCAUUUAUACGCUGGAAAAGAUAUAGUUAUAAAGUUAAAAUAUAUAGCUAGGGAACAACUUUAUAUCACUAACAGGGUGAAUUGUAACAAUAAUAGAACACAUGGACAUCAAUUUAAAUUUUGUACACAUUCAUUUUGUUAAUCAAAUUUAACAUCCCAGUAGCUAAUUACUAAUUUGUUGAACUUGUAAUGUUACAAUGCUCUCUGGUCUCACCAUGUAAUCAAUA